UACUUUUGUCAGUUCAGAAAUACAGAGGAAUUCCUGGGAAUUCAGUAAGAGAAGCUGGUGCCAAAGAGUGAGUCACACAUUAAUACGUGUUUAACUGUUAGUGUACCUGGCUUUUCCUGGAUUGCCUCUCCUGAGCUGCUGGUCGGGUUUGCUGAGAAAGCAGCUGGUUUCCAGAGUGACACGUUUGUCCUUUUUCAGUUUUAGACAACCAAGUUAAGGCCUAGUAAGUACAGUAAUUCUGGUCAGCAAAUAAUUGCACAAACAACACGUGUGCUCUAAACUACUUUGUAUAAGGAAAAAACUUCUGUACCUUACUGGUCUCAACUUGAAGUAUAAGGUGAAGCUCACUUUAACUCUUUCUCAGUAUAGGAUGUAACAGGAUGCUAAAACCAGAUGAAAAAAAAUAUCAAAUUGUAUUUUGUUAACUCUUAAAGUUAUUUUUGAAAAGCAACUCUAUGCACAUCACAGCCAAGUGUUACAAUGUGUGAGAAGAGUCAUACAGUAUAUGAACAAAGGUGAUGAGAUACUACCUAGAAAAAAAAAAAAAGCAGAUGAAGCAGAUCUUAGUAAACCAGGAAGAAGUAGAAGUAAACAGCACAGUUAGAUUAAGUGUGCAUAGACAUAGAUAUAUUUUUUAAAAAUUGUUUUAGAGCAUGAGUUGUUUGUAGAAUUAGUAAGAAUAAUUCCUCUGAACGUGGUAGCUAAUACCUCUUUAACAUUAGUACAGAAAAUUUAAGAAUUAGUCUCUAUAUUUACAAGUGCAAUUCUGUAUGGACAAGACUAUAAAACAUAUUUGGGGGGUUCUGUUAUUUUCCAAAUAGUGGCAUAUGCUGAAUUUGCAUUAAACUCUAUUUUUCAUUUGGUAACUCCAGAUGUUGUUCAGCCAACCAAGCUGUAUUUUUCCCCAUUGUCGUAAAUCACCAUUAAUUGUCCUGGAGGGAAUGUGAAACGCUCUGUUGAAAACAAGUUAUCAACAACUGGACACAAUUUUCAUGCUCACAGGUUUAGACCUCUACAGCUCCUGCUCCUACUUAGAAAGUUAGUAUAAUCAUGCAGGCUGAAGAUCCCAGCUGUGCAGAGUGUGGUCAUUUCCUCUGAAGACCAGGCAGAGGGGAAGCUUCAGUUCAACAGGGUCCAGCUCCCGCGGAUAUGGAAAACCCUGGAUAAAACGGGAGAUGAGCGCAGGGGCGACCCAGCAUCCCCGUGUGCAGCCAGCCGGGCUGCGAGCCCGGGAGCCGGGCUAGCUCUGCGGAGCGGGACCCCGAGCCAGCCCAGCUGCCUCCCAGCCCCCAGCCAGGCUGUGGCCGAGCGGAGCCUCCCCCCGAGCUGCUCCCUGCGGCCGGACCGGGAUCAGCGCCUCCUCCUGCCUCCCGAUGGACACAGGGCGCUCACGGGCCGUUGGCAGGUCACCCAGCAGAGCUGAUUCUGGUGCAUGGUUACAUUUUCACAGGACUGGCUUACCUAGCAGAUGAAGGAUUCAGAAAGAUGGCCUCACAGGAGCAGGUCUGGCCAGUCCCAAUGAAGGCAAUUGGAGCACAAAACCUUUUGACAAUGCCUGGAGGAGUGACGAAGUCAGGGUAUCUUCAUAAAAAAGGAGGCACUCAGCUGCAGAUCUUGAAGUGGCCAUUGAGAUUUGUAAUUAUCCAUGAGGGGUGUAUUUACUAUUUUAAGAGCAGCACAUCUGCAUCUCCACAGGGUGCAUUUUCUUUGAAUGGUUACAACAGGGUUAUGCGAGCAGCGGAGGAGACAACAUCAAGCAAUGUGUUUCCUUUCAAGUUAGUUCACAUUAGCAAGAAGCACAGGACAUGGUUUUUUUCAGCUUCUUCUGAAGAUGAAAGAAAGAAUUGGAUGCUAUCCUUGAGGAGGGAAAUUGAUCACUACCAUGAGAAGAAAGAAACAAUAACAGAAUUCAGUGACUCUGGUUCUGAUGCAGACAGUUUCUAUGGCUCAGUAGAACGUCCCAUUGAUAUAAAGUAUUCUCAUCAUUCAGCAGAUAAUGAAGAUUAUGACCAGGAGGAAGAGGAGGAGUCUUACUUGCAGCCAGAUACUCCUGACAUACUGAAAGAUGAUAUGGUCCUGCCCCCAGCCUACCCACCUCCACCCGUUCCUCAUGUCAGAAAAGCUGCCUGCUCAGAAUCAAGGGCAAAUUCCUUUGCUGGCAAAUCCAGUGUGCCAGUGCCACCACCACCUCCUAAAAGAAGCUUACCAAACAUCAAACUAGAGGAUGUCCUAAACAUGAGAGAGACCCAGCUACAGAGCCGAGCUGAACCUAAUGUAAAGAUUCAACCUUCAAGCCGGAGACCAAGCGAACAGCUGCCCCCUGUGCCCCCUCUACCUCUUUUCAAAAAGCCUGUGUGUGUCAAAGAAUCUUACUGCUUGCCUCCAGAGCUUCUGCCUCCAGCUCAAGUUCUUGCUACUCCAGAAGGAUGCGAGAAGCUAAAAACCUUAAAUCUCUCACCACGAACUCCUCCCCCACUCCCAAACAAUAAACCUAAGCUGUCACAGCUUACUGAAAAACCAGCAGAGCCCAAAGUGCCAAGAGAACAUGGUAAACCUGGACUGUUUGUGCCACCAGUGCUCCCAAAGCCGCCUGUGCCAAGCCACCAGCCCCCUAUCAUCAAGCCUAGACCAGAGAAGUCUUCCUGUCCCCAGUUACAGAGAUCACCACCAGAUGGACAGAGUUUUAGAAGUUUCUCUUUUGAAAAACCAGCAUUACCCUCCAAGCCAAACCAACCUGAUGAUGAUUCUGAUGAUGAGUAUGAAAAAGUUGGCCUACCUGCUUCAAUAUUUCUUAAUACUUCUGAAUCCUUUGAAGUUGAAAGGACAUUUAAAGCUAGUAGCCCACGGGGACAACCGCAAAAUGGACUUUACUGUAUUAGGAACUCAUCUACUAAGCCUGGAAAGGUGUUGGUUGUAUGGGAUGAAUCUGCAGAAAAAGUGAGAAACUACAGAAUCUUUGAAAAGGAUUGCAAGUUUUACCUGGACUCAGACAUCAUGUUUUUGAACAUGGGAAGUUUGGUGGAAUACUAUAGCACUCACAUCUUACCUAGUCAUGACAGCCUGAUUCUUCGGUGUCCUUAUGGUUACUCUAAACCAAGGUGACAUAACUGGUGUAAUUCACUGAUGCCAAGGACAAUUGGGUUCCCUACUGCCCUUGAAUUGCAUGUGGGCUCCUGCCACUGUUGGACAUUCCAUUAUUUGCACACAGAAACUGACUCUGUUUCAACCAUUUCGUCUCACAUGAAUUGUAUACAGAUGCAAUUCAAUGAACUCUUGGUAAAACCUUACAAUCCAGAUCAGUGGAUUAUAUGUUUUUUUCUUUUAAAAAGAUCUGAACUGAAUUUGCUGUGAAAGCUGUCCAUGAUGCCUACACUUUUUAUAAAGCUGCUGCUAUUACUAAUCUUCUUGUAAUGUGGAAGAUGGACAUGAACAAAGUGGACUGAAUCCAACCAAAAGAGGAAACUUCUGAAAGUGUACCUGAAUUCAUCUGUGGCAGGGAAUAGUAACACUCUGACUUAAAGGUAUUACUCCUUAAGUCAGCACUGGUGCUCAACUGAGAAUUUUUAUAUUACUUGUAUAGUUGAUGUGUAAAUAAUAAAGACUAAUGUGCAAGUAAUUUGGUUUACUAUAGGUAAAGAUGAUCAGGUAGUGUGGCAUUUUUUUUUUUAUUUUUAAGCCACCUCAUAUGUAAACAUAACUUCUGACUACAGUUUCUGCAGGAAUCAAUAUCAAGGUACUAUCCAACUGGUAACAGUUGUGGGGACCUCAAGUGUUAAGAGAAUGACGUGUGCUUCAGAUAGGUGUGGGAUAAUAUUGGGUUGGCUUUCAUGGGAGCCCCAUUAACUAGUUCUCAACUGGAAGGGUAAGUGCCUCUAGUAUUUGUAUUGGGUAUGAUAAAAAGGAAGGACUACUUAAGAUGAAGGGGGAAGGGAGGGAGUCUUUUAAAUACCCUGAAUUCUGACUAGCAGUUUUCUCGCACAUUGCCAUCAUCAAAGGUUCUUGAAAACAGAACACACAAAAAACCCUGAAGCCACGAGUGUGAGGCUACUAUCACUCCAUAAAUCUUUGUGGUCAGUCUCUUAGGAUCAGGUCCGCCCAUUGUAUUCUGUUCUGUUCUAGGGCAAAACACACUGCCCUAGUCUAUUUUUGUAGUUAAACAAGAAUUUUUCUAUUAUUAAAAUAUCUACUCAGUUUGUAGUUGCAUGAUGAAUAAAAUCUGAUUUUAGCAUACUGUCAGCACUAUGAGACUGUAAGUGAUAAACAUUAGUAGGGUGCUUUUAAUAUUUGUAUCCUAAAACCAUGGGCUUAAUACUUAUGCCAAAAUUACCAGAUUCCUGAAUUUUAAUAAAGAAGGUAAGUUUAUUUUAAUGACCUGUUAAGUAACUUUGUGGGUCCCAAAGUAACGUUAUAAUGGUCUCAUCUCUAAUGUUUACAAGACUUGUAAUAAUAAUUAAAAAAAAAUAAUCCUGUCACUCCUGAAACAGGAGAAGGUACCUGGUUUCUAUCAGUCUGAAUGUGUAUCCAUAAGCUUCAUUUUUUCAGUUACCUUUUCAGAGUUUAUACAUCAGUUUUAAUCUUGUUACAGUUAAAUGGUCACAACUUUAAAAACAAACAAAACCAGUAGAGAAUAAGAAUUUUCUGUUUAUGGAAACAGUAAACCUGUAUUUGAUCCCUAAGGGAUUUUCAUUAAUAAAAAGAUGUAAUAUUAGGACCAUGCAUAGGAAUGGAGGCACGAAACUCUUCCUGUCAUUUGCAAGAGACACAGACAUACAGGAUAUCAGCCUUUUGAUCUCUGUUCAUGCUGUAGUACUUUUUGUGUGUGUAAAUAAUAUGCAGUACUUAAAUUUCAGAUUCUGUUGAACAUUGGGGAUUUUAAGUUUCUGUUUCUUUUCAUUUUAGAUGAGAAUCCCUGUGAUUCUUUACCCUUAUAUCCAAGAAUCCUAGUUCCAACCCCCCUCCAUGGGCUGGGAUGCCUCCCAUUAGAUCAAGUUGCAUCCAGCCUGGCCUUGAACACUUUCAGGGAUGGGGCAGCCACAACUUCCCUGGGAAACCUGUUCCAGUGUCUCAUCACCAUCACACUAAAGAAUUUCUUUCUAAUGUCUAACCUGAAGCUCCCCUCUUCCAGUUUAAAGCCAUUCCCCCUUGUCCUAUCACUACAUGCAAUAAAAAGUCCUUCCCCAGCUUUCUUAAUAUGACCCACUCUCUAAAGAAGGCUCAGCCAACAAAGUGUUUAAAAAUAUUUUUGGCCGAUAUGUGUAUCAGACCCAGUUCUAGUUCUUGCAGUAUUUACUGUUUGCAGAGUAAAUUUUUCUGUCUGGGAAUAAUUGGCUUCAUUGUGUCAUGACAAUCAUACUCUGGAUACAUCUUUGUGGCCCAAGUCAGAUUUUUAUUUUUUUUUUUCAACCAUAUACUUCUAAGAUUUUUAAACUGUAAAAAUACUUAGAUUAUUCAAUAUACAUGUAACAUAACACCAUCUUUUCCUGUGUAGUACAAGAUUUGCAAAUAUGUAAAUUUUUUGUUAAUUUACUUUUUUAUACAAAUGUACUUAUUUCUGAAGUGGAUAAACUUUCAAUGAGAGCUCACCUAA